GGAAGGGGAACCGCGUUGGACUGAUUCUUUUUGAGACCAGAUCAAAGCAUUAGUCAUUGGGCAUUAGACAGAUUAUAAUUAACCAGUAGUGUUUGAACUCACGAGUAAAGAAGCAUUUUUUUUUUUGGCUGUUUAAGCCGUCUUGUCGUAGAAUUUUGUGUCUAUUUUCGUGCUAUGAAUUAGGACACGCUGGCACAGGUGUAUUGAUAGUAAAAUAGAGAACCUAGUGUUUGGAUCCGAUCUGUUCAUUGAUUAAUCUGAUUUAUUGUGUCAGCGCACAAAGCCUUGUCUGCUUCAUCUAGAGCGCCCGCCCACUGGGCUUUCUGCGGAGCGAUAGUGGGAGACUGAUUAUAGUCUUCGGGAUUUGCCGUGGAGAAAGCCAGAGCCUGCGUGGACUGCGAUUUGCACUCCCUUCAGUGGAGGGGAGGAAGAUUAUCAAGGACUUGUUCCUGUCUGACUUCAUACCGCCAGGACUUUCAGAUCCCCUGUAUACAUCCAGCCUCCUGUCUUAAAGCAGGUAGCCUACCCGAAUACGCGUAAGUCACGCUGGACUUUUGUCUUUUACCGAGGAGGCUGUGAGGGUGAAUCGCCUCCGCAGUCUCGGAUGCGUAAACGGGGAGUGGGUUGGGUCGCCUAGGCGCCUGGCAUACGCACAAGUCGUCAGCGAUAAAAGCAGAUAGGUGAGGGUGAAAGCGAGGAGGGGGGGGAAGCUCCACCCGAGGUUUGCUUUUUUAUCUUUUUUAUAUAUUUAUUUAUUUAUUUGUAAGGAGAAGGACGCCGGAGAGGUGAGUCGGACACUGGCAAACCGCCGGUCUCACCGGCUGUGGAUUUUUGACUCUCAGGACUGCUUUUAUCGCCCAGGAUUCGUAGACCUUCUUCUUCUUCUUUCUGAUUCGGGACCAGCGGUUAUCCACACUAUCAAACCCGGCCAGACAUCGCCUCCUCAUCCAAAGGGAAUAUUGGAAGUGAAUCUUCGGGGCAACACACAAUGGCAGCCGGUGCGCUCCUUCUUGCUUGUUCGCUGCUCGCCGGUGUUGCCGUGGCUCAGAGAGUGGUAACGGUGCAGAGUGGACCACUGAUACGGACCGAGGGCUCCCAUGUGACCAUCUGGUGCAACGUGACAGGCUACAAAGAGGGGGUGGAGCAGGACUUUGAGUGGUCCAUGUACCUGGCAUCAGCACCGGACCGGGAGAUCCGGAUCGUGAGCACGGCUCAGCCAAACUAUGCCUACGCCGUGUAUGCUCAGAGGGUGAAUAGUAAAGAGAUCUUUGUGGAGAGGCUAAGCCGCGACUCAGCUGUGCUCCACAUCACCAAAGUGCAGGCCAAGGACCAGGGUCUGUUUGAAUGUUACACACCUAACACAGAUGGGCGGUACCUUGGAUCCUACAGUGCACGUACCAACCUCACUGUCAUCGCUGAUUCGUUGACAAUAACAGCUCCAGCCCAGACUCUGUCCAAGGUGGAAGGCGACACUCUACAGCUUGCGUGCGAGGUGUCUCGGACCACCAUGCAGCACACUCACUUGUCAGUGGGUUGGUACCUUCGAUCUCCAGAGGAUGCAGCUGCCCCACCUCAGGAGCUAGUCACCUUGUCAAGGGACUUUGUUCUCCGCUCUGGGGGACCAUACCGGCAGAGGAUGGCAGCAGGGGACCUCAGGCUGGAUAAAACCAGUGCCACGGCCUACAGGCUGACCAUUCACAAGCUGCAGCCGGUGGACCAGGGCCUGCUCUACUGCCAGGCUGCUGAGUGGAUUCAGGACCCAGACGGCAGCUGGUUUGCCAUGACCCGCAAGCAGAGCGACAAAACUCAGCUCCGCAUUCAGCCUACUGAUCGGGACUUCAGCAUCCAGGUGAGCACGGAGCGACGGUCCUUCACGGCCGGUGAGCCGCUGGAGCUUCGCUGCACCAUUGAGGCCCAGAAUGUUCCCGAGCGUUUCUUCUCGGUGUCGUGGGUCUUCAGCAGCUCACCGGUGGCCGUGGUGGGCCCCAGUGCCGUGCCUGUCCUGGGCCCCGAUUAUGUCGCCCGUGAGGCAGCCGGUCACAUGACCGUACGUAAAGAGAGCCCCAACGUGCACCUUCUCAAGCUGCAGCACCUACGCCCCGAAGAUUCUGGGAAAUACAUCUGCCGCGUUACUGAGCGGGAGAAGACACCCACGGGAGACUUCAUCGACCGCAGCAAGAGGUCGCGCAAUGUCCAGAUCACAGUCCAGGCACUCAAGAGCAACAUCACAGUGUCAUUGACCAGUAACUCCUCAGAGGUCCUAGAGGGCGACGUGAUCCAGUUGAUCUGCUCGGUCCAGUCCACUACAGGGCCCCUGUCCGUUGUCUGGCAGUGGGCAGACAAGCAAGCAACUGGACCGGCCCAGGAGGUGGCCUCUUUGGAUCGGGAUGGCAUGGUUUGGCACAGCCCCACCUACAGAGAGCGCUCCAGCUAUGGGGAGAUACGUGUGGAGAAGGUGCGAGCAGACACAUUCUCUCUGUCCCUGUACAAUGCCUUACCUGGGGAUGAGGGCCAGUACCGCUGCACAGCCACCGAGUGGCUUCAGACCAGCACUGAACCAGAGCUAAACUGGGAGAAGAUAGGAGAGAAGUCAGCCACCAAAACAGUCACCGUUAAGACUGUUGAGUCCUCCUUCAUGGUGUCAGCCUCAUCACGGACACCAUCUGUAACCUUUGGAGACUCAUUUGACCUCCUGUGCCUGGUCAAGCCCCGCCACAACCCUCGUGUCCCCACUUCCGUCACCUGGCGCUUCAUGCCAGCUGGCACAGAAGCUGAUGACGAGGAACAGGGAGAGUUCAAAGACCUGGUGACUUUCACCCGUGAGGGCACGCUGCAGUGGGGGGAGCAGUUGCUGGGGCUGGGAACCCGCACCACAGUGGACCGCUCCCACUCCAACACCAACUUCCGGCUGUCAGUGACCCGGGCAGGGCGGCGUGAGGCGGGCAAGUACCAGUGCACCGCCAUCCUUUGGAGGAGAAACUAUGACAACAGCUGGAGCAGAGUGGCCAACCGCACUUCCAACCUGCUUGGCAUCAGUGUCCUACAGCCAGAGAGUAAGCUGCGAGUGCAAAAGAUCAACCAGUCUCAGGUGUACCCAGAGGACAGUCGUGUCAGGAUCAAUUGCACUAUCACUUCCCAGACCAGCCAGGACUCCCAGCACGCUGUGCUGUGGUAUGUGAGGCGCGCAACGGGGUCAGAAGCUGAUGAGCUCCUGCUGAGAAUUGAGCGCUCGGGGGCCUUUGAGUAUGGCGCCUACGCAGAUGAGGAGAGACUUCGACGUCGUGUGCAGGCCGAGAGGCUGUCACCCCGUUCCUAUGUGCUGACACUGAACAGGGCAGAGAGCAGCGAUUCUGGGACGUACUACUGCCUGGUGGAAGAGUGGCUGAGUGACCCAGAUGGAGCCUGGUAUCGACUCUCCCGGGAGUCAUCAGGGUUCACGCAGGUUCUGGUCAGACAGCCAGAGGUGCGACUGCAGGUAGAGGAGAUGGAGUCAAAUGUGACAGUUGAAGAGUCCAGUUCAAUCCGACUGGGCUGUAGCAUUCCUUCCCAGUCGUCCAGAGACUCCCGCUUCUCUGUGUCCUGGUAUGUGGAGCACACCGAUGACGAGGACAAUGAAGACCAGCCAGGUGAGGAAGACAGGGAGCGGGAGUGUGUGUUCUCCAUCGGCCAUGAUGCUGUUUUUGGAAAUGGAAACUGCAGCCCCAGAGAGGAGGCGGGGCCUAAUUCCCGUCUGCAGUUUGAGAGGAUGGCCUCUGACCAGUACAGCCUGACCAUUCAAGGAGCCCGCCCCACAGACGCAGGCCGGUACUACUGCCAUGUAGAGGAGUGGCUUCUUAACCCCCGCAAUGCAUGGUACCGCCUGGCCACCAACAACUCUGGGUUCACUAUCGUCAAUGUACUGCAGCAAGUGUCCACCCUCCAGUCAGUGGUGUGCUCCAAUGACUCCCUCUUCUACUUUGUCUUCUUUUACCCCUUCCCCAUCUUCGGCAUCCUCCUCAUCGCCGUGCUGCUAGUGCGCUACAAGAGCCGCAACAACAGCAAGAGCCAAGAAGGCAAGAACGGCGCCCCCCUCCUGUGGAUUAAAGAACCUCACCUUAGUUACUCUCCCACCUGUUUGGACCCACCUGCGCUCAGCCUGCACCCAGGCUCGGUUGACUAAGCAAGGGUCCUUCUCCUCCUGUCUCGCACGCAUUGUGGAUCCAGCCAACACGAUGCCAGGGAGCAGAUCUGGACUCCACCUUCAGACCUUACUGUCGUUCACUGCUGUGUCGAUUUAGUCAAUCAGUUGAUCAGUUUAAAAAUUCCUACCCUGGUGGCUGCCUGUUUCAUGUUAACAGCUGUGUGUGUUUGGGUGUGUGUGGGUGUGUGGACUAGAAUGAGCGUGCGAUGUUAACAAUUGUGUGAGUGUAAAAUGAAGGGCAAGAGACUAUCAUGAGCCUCUCUCAUUUUUUUGUUUUCUGUGAAACUUAAUCUCAUAGCUGCAUUUUGAUUUUUAUUACUCUGAAUAUUUGUCUAUUUUUCAAAAGAGAAAAAAAAACUGCGCACAUGAGAUCAUUGGCCAAUCCGGGAAGAACAUUUAAGAGAAGGAACUCUAUAAUCGACUCUGGCACUGAGCGGAUGCCAAAAAAAAGUCUCCGCACUGAUCCAAGAGCAGCCACAGCCUGGCCCACUAUGUUGGUUGCCAUAGUGAUGCUCUGCGCCCACUGACUCCGUAGCUGAUGACUUGGUUUCCAGCCUGCAUAGAGACAAAGGCAAGGACACACAAGUCUGUGUCCUGAGUGAGGAUGUGUGUAUGUGUGUUGGCCCACCUGCCUCCACAAUGAAUUUGCCUUGGCAGACAGAAACAGGUCCUGGUGCGCCACUUAAACACUGCCAGACACUCUGGCCUUAGUGAGAGACUGCUCCGCUCUUCUCUUCUAUCCUCUUCCUCUCUGAAAAGAGAGAAAAAGUGGGAGGGAGGGAGGUCAUAAAUGAUGGAGAAUAAAUGAACAGCUUUCUCCUGCCGAGGAUAUACGUACUUUAACACAAGGAAUUUUUUUCAGUGCCAAGUCCUCCUAAUUUCCAUGCUGACAUCAGCCAAUAUCUGAAGUUUUUGGGUGGGGGGGGGGGGGGGGGGGGGGGGGGUGCUGAUUGAUUCUGAGGCAGAUUGUAAAUAUGUCUGCUUACUUCCUGCUGUGGGUUUAUGGGCCUCAUGGGCAAAAGGGUCAUUUUUACACUCAUGUUAAAUCUGAUGAAUUAUCCUUCUUAGAUCGCACAGUGGGGGUCACAGACUGAAAUUAAAUUCUUGCACAUUUCUUUAAGUUGCCCAGUGUGACCACUUUGUCGUCCUGUCUUUAAAAGAUAUCAGAAGCUUAAAAGAUGCAUAGUAGUUUAAAAAAGACUUUUGAUUUCUUAAGAGCAACACGGAAGAUUGCUAAUGUGUAGAUGUGUAGUUUAACACUCUAAAAUGUAAUCUGCACAUUAUAAGAAAACAAAUUGAUGGGUGGGGGCAAAUGUUUGACUUUUGUGUUUAUUUUAAAGAUUUUUCUAUUUAUUGUUUUAUACUACUUUGCAUAGCUUUGUAAGUUUUUUUUUUUGCUUUGAAAUUCUCUAAAAACUGUGCUGCUUGUGUUGCCAGGCAACUGCACCAAGCAGAUUAUGUCAAUAGCCUGUGUGUUGGCAAUGUGGUAGAUGUAGAAAUGCUAGAUUUGUCCUGCGCAUUGCAGUCUGUAGCAUUUCAUACCAGAUUGUCAAGUUUGGUCAGUGUCAAAACACUGUAUAUCUAUAUCUAUAAUGGAAUUUACUGUGGCUUUACAUGUACAGUAGUUGAACAGACAAGUCACAAAAAUGGAUUCACUUACUGCUUUUUUGCUUGAGUCGCAUUUAUUUAGUGAAAUGUGAUGUAACACCUAGGUAGGACGUUUGAUUAAAAACAACUGAAACUGAACUGCUAAAACGUCUUCUAAUCAUGGAUUCUAGCUGAAGGCGUAUCUCCUCAGCUCCCCUGACGCAAGGCAGAAGGGUUGAAAAUCUGUGUCGCCUUCCCUGGAAUGCAACAGCCAGGAGAGGUGAGAAAUCCUUUACCCGACCUGGGCCUAACCCUUUCACUGCCAGACUGGACAUGAAAACUCUUGAAAAACUUGACAUUGUUGUCUCAAUCGUGUCAACAUGUAUAUUGCAUGACAAUAUUGCAGGAGGAAUUUUGAUGUUUUGUAAACUUUGAACUCUUUGAGCAUUGUGUUUGUGUGACAGAGCAGUGCCCAACCCCUCCCGACUUCCUGAGCCAAGAGUCAACACAAAGCCCAGCCCCUUGUCAUUUACAAUAUUUGACUGCCAAUGAUACCCUUUGAACCUGUGAAGUAAUCUAUUUCAAGAAUGGGUGUUGUGGAGAUUGUGUUUGAUAUUAUUGCUCAUAUUUGUCCUUUUAAUGCUUUGCUUUUAUGCAGCACUUCGUUAAACAGAUUUAUGUCAUAAAAAGCAAAAACGUACGUAGCUGAUACUGACACAAGGCACAGAGUUCUGAGAUUUCAGCUUCCUUCACUGUUUUUCAAGUUAAUCAAUCCAUUUCAAGUAGACCACACCAUUUCAGGUGGAGAAGAGCUGGUGCUAUUAGAAAUGUAAUGCAUGUGCAGCAAAUUCAGCUACAACUAAACUGAUCGAUGUCUUCAAGGAAAAGGCCCAUCGAUUAGCUGCCUGUCUGCUCAUUAUGUGUUUGCAAGUGUUUUUAUAAAAUAGAUAUUGAUGUGAAUUAAUAAUCUUUAGCUAAGAAAAUGGUUAGAGUGCACACUCAACCACAGUUAGGUGCCAGACAAAAGCGCCACACAGUGAAUAAAGAUAAGUAGUCCUCGCUCUGAAUAUUCCAAGUUCUCAAGUAAUUAAUGAGGCAACAUUUCAUUUUUAUAAAGGUCUUACUCACACCCGUGUGAGAAGAAAAAAAUUGUGUAAUUACAAUUAGGAGAGCACAUGAAACAAAAUCAUAUAUGCAAAAACAUUACCGUCUAUAUUCAUACACAUUUCUGAAAAGGCACAAUGAUAAAAAUAUGUACAAUGUUGUGAUUGUGCAUGAAAAACAUUUGUAAAUAGUCAAGUUUGGGGUUUUUUGCAUCAUGUGACCUCCUGAUUUUCUGUGCAUGUAUAUCCAGUUUUUCUCUCACAGGAAGUUAGUAAAGACCUUGGUGGUCAAAAUGUUGCCUCAUUAAGUUGCAAUAUUCAGCAUGGGAACUACCUCUCUCUUUCCAUCACACACAGUCUUUAGCCUCCUGCUGCUAUUUGAUGCAAUGCUAGUGCAAGUCAAAGGUGUGUAUAUAUAUCAAAACAUCAGGGAAGCCAUUCUGUGCAUUUUCAGGCCGUAUCACCAGGAAUAACUGAUGGAGCUGUUGGAAAGGUCUUGUGUUCUUGUGUGAUUUGACAGCAGUGGUUGCAUAUCUUACUGACUUGCAUUUGCAUUGGCAGUAAAUGCUAACAUGAAGCUGAUUUUGGUUUUUCAUAAGUAAUAAAAACUAGAGGAGUUUGUUUUUUGGUUGAAUAAUUGUAUUUAUAAAUCUUGGAACAUUCAUAGAGUUGCAGGUUGGGUAAAUGGUGCCACUGAACAGCUGAGCUGCUUCAGCUUCACUGUGUAUAUCGCAUAAUCCUAUAUUUAAUUCAACUCAUCUUUCUAGACUUGAGCCAGGAAGUGUGUAGGGUAUGGUCGUGGUGUGUGAUGUCACAGUGCUGCUGCCAUCAUUGGAGCUGUACACAAACUCUGAGUGGUGAGUGAUUUUUAUUUUUUUUGUAAUUUUUUUUUUUUUGUAGUAGUAAUAAUAUUAAUACCAUCCAUUGCUGCCUCCCAAGAUUCCUCCAGACGUUCUGACAGUGUUGUAGCUGCAUUUUGAGGGCUGCAUGUAUUGGCUGUGUGCUGGCUCCAGAUUUAGGUGUAAAAUAGUUUGUGGUGAUGUUUUCAUUUCAGCCAGUGAUGCUUUAUUUUCAGUGAUGUAUUUUUAUAUGACCAUGGUUUGUUUUUUUCUUUUAUUAUUCUGUCUAAUAGUUGCCAUCGUGACCAUGAAAAAGGCACUUUGCUAUUGUCAGUUUAUUGCAAUAAAAUACAUUCAGUGUA